GACUGUCAACAAGACCUGCCACGGAAGUUACUUCUUCAGCGGCACCCGCAGAAAACCGCCCCAUAACAGAUCAACAGCAAGGAGCCGGUAACCCGCAGGAGCUGCAGGCUGUGGUCGCCCGCUCCGGGGCAAGGGGGUGAUUAUGUGGCCGGGACGGCGUCUGUAACGUGGCUUUUAACAGAUCUCAGGCCAGGCUCAGAGAGGGCGCAUUCCUUGGAGGGAUUUCCCAUUUAGUGUGUUCAUAUUAAUGCAAAGAUGGAGGUGAACGGAGCCCCCCCCGACGUCCUCCUCCAGCAUCCCUGGCUUCCUGUGGGCAUCAGCGGCUGCCAGCUCCUCGCUAAGAUCUGGUUUGGAGACGCGGCGUACCACCUCCUGCUGACUGACAUGAGCUGCGUAUGGGAGGAGAGGAUGGACUCAGCCGCCAUCCAGAGGCGAUCACAGGAGCUGAACCGGCGUUUGCGAGCCCCGGUCAAAGCUUUCUUCUCCCACCUGUGUGAGGUGGCUCGGCCCUGCCUGUCGGGAAGCGGCGAGCGAACCGAUGGCGAGGCUCAGAUCUCCCUGACGCGACGCGAGGACGACAACAUCAGCAUCAGUCUGAAGAGCGAGCUGGCGGAGCUGCCCUUCUACUGGGAGUUUCGCUGCACCCCUGCCCCUGUCACACUGGUGUGUACUCAGCUGCUGCGCCCCCUGCUGGCGAUGAGCCGCCUGCUGCAGCGGCAGGUGGGGCAGCUGGGAGGUCUGCUGGUGAAGAAGGACUUGGAGAUCCAGGACUACAGAGAGAACGGAGCCACGCUCAGCAGAGAGCGGCUGCAGACGGAUGUUUUUGAGGAGCAAACCAACAGAGAGAACUUCGUUUCAAAGGCUCUCCCUCUGGUUUGUUCUGAGCAGCAGGAAACUCUGGGCUUCGACGAUGACCUGCAGCAGCUGUACGCCUCCAUCGUCGCCCACGGAAACACACGUGCACUAAAACGCAAGCUGUCGGAGGAGCGCUCGGUUCAGGAGGACCGGCCGGUGGCCACUGAGGAACAUGACCUCACUCCAUCCUUAGAUCUCGGGUCUGUCAGCGAAACACCUGAGAAGGUUGGAGAACAGAGCCACAAGCGGAUGGAUGCGACUGCAGCCACAAAGGCCGACGGAGCGACGGUCCAAAAGUCUAUUGACCAUCCAGCGGGGCGACCGUCCUCCAAACCAAAGAAGAAGAAAGUCGGACUGUUCCGAUGAGCCCGAGCAGUAGGACACACACACACUCCAUUAAGAACUUCAUUAGGAAAAGUGCUUUUGGAGAAAAAUGGAAAACGGGUCUGCCUUGAAAAGCAUUUUUAAACCUUUACUUUUGCAGUAUGGGAUAUUUUAUCUGGUUUUAAUAUCAAGCAGUACUGAUCAUAGAAACAGAUUUUAGACUUUUAAAGUUUAAAUUAAAUAAUCGCAUUUUAAAAUUUUUAAUGAUUUUAUGGUCUGCAACAUGAAGCUUGAUUUUAGUUCUAUAUUAAAGUUCAAGUCUUAUCUGAUCAUUGUCAUCACACUUGAUGUUUUGUGACUCAUUUGGAUUAAGCAGCUAACCAGUUGAGUUAUUAAGUGUUUUAUUGAACAAUCAACUUCCGUGUGGAUUGAAACUGAUUCAUUGUAUUUCUGGGACAUUUGGACAAGUCAAACAAGGUGUUGAUUAAAGAUGUGAGUAUCA